AUGGCGCUGAAAGUUGGUGACAUCCUGAAACGCCUAGGCCUGAGGGGCGCCAUUAUUCGCUACGGCGAGCAAUGGAAAACUCAGGAGAUCAAAGAUCUUGAAGAAGACAUCAGAGCUUUUUACCAAAAGUACGAACCUUACUUGAAAAGAGAGGAAGACUACCCUUUCGAAUUCAAUACCGACCUCAACGACGUCCUCCAAAGACAUGGUCCUCGCCUAUGGCCAGAUGGACUACACAACGAAGGCUCGACGUUUUGGCUGUUCCCUGCGGGAGAAAUCGACGAAUAUCCUGAGGAUAUUUGCUUUAGUCGUCACUUCGAGAAGAUUCAGCCACUCUUCGCAACCCUUCUCGCUAUGAGAGUGAAGGUGUACCGCAGCAAUCAGAGACACGCAGAACUCAAGGCUAGAGAAAAGCGCGAAGCUGAGGUCGCUGCCGCCGCCAACACCAUCACAUUGGACCAUCCGCUCUCGGACUCUGACCUGACCGAUUUCGACAGCCAUGAUGAAUUGCCUUCUCUCGUCCACGCCAUCAAAUUUACGACUGAAGACGGCAAAGCCAAGGUGCAGGAGAUUCUCAAGGGGGAGGAAUUCAACUUGAGAAAGAGGAAGGUCGCCACCGAUUCACCCUCGAAAUCUAUCAAGCGUCCGAGAAAAUCAACAGUACCAGUCGAGCCAUUUGAGCCGGUCGAGCCAGUUGACCAAGGCUACGUCCAGGACAUAUCUAUCUGGACCACCACAAAUCCUGAGAGCACCCAUGUUGCUAGUCCACCCCGCCUUGACAAUGGACAUGAAUUACUCGUCGCAGCAGCAUCUGGACGCAGUCAUGGCUUUGUGUCUGUCAAUCAGACCGAACAGACCGAACACAACGUUCAUCCCAUGCCUCCGGUGCAAUCUGGUCCAGAAGUACCUGACAGCUACGACGUCAUGAAUCCACACAUGAGUAAUUCCAGUUCACCCAACAACGAGAACCACAACCUUCCGGAAACCCCUGGCGAGGGGGCGCUUCUGCAUACACAGUAUUCACUGCCUCAAGACAAAGAGACUUCGUUAUCCGCUCAGCACGUACAUGACCAUCAACGAGCACUCCCAGAAGUGUUUGAACCCUCUUCACAACCCCAAACAUCUGACAAGUUCAUCCCUUGGCCGAAAAUUAACAAGAGACGUGCCAAGAGAUCAAAGACAGCCUUGCGUCCAAUGCUGAACGACGACGACAUGGAGCUCUCGGCACAAGAUGCUCAGAGCAUGACGGAACUACCUUCGAGACCUUCCUCUGGCCCCUCAGACUUGCCACCUCAGCAGGAAGCACCUCUUGCAUCUCCGGCACUUGUUGACGACAGCGAGAGCAGCCGCAAGCUGAUGAGGCGAACUCAUGUUCGUACUCCUGCAGCAGAACCGAAUGUGGCUACUUUCACACCUGUCUCAACACAAAAGCGCUCCUAUCAGACUCCUUAUGCCCACCCACCCUUGUCCACUCCGCAAUCCGUUUCAACAUCAGCUGUCCUGGAUGCCACCAAUCCUCAUCCUGCGACGUUGCACUCCCCACUCGUCGCCUCUACCCCGACCAUUGCCCAUAUGCCACCAUCAGCUGACACGCCUUUGUCGGCACAGCUCAUCACAAACCACUUCGCACAGGCUUUCGUCAAGUUUACCUUGCCCUUGCCCAACGGCCGCUCAGCAAACAAGAUGAUCAAGCUAACAGAUUGCUCCGAUGCUUUUGCUCUGCACCAAGCAGUCAUCCAUCGCUUCAAGCAUGCGCUCGCGGGCCAGAUCCCUUCAGAAAUCGUCGUCACCUCUGCCAAUGAAGAUUACGAAAUUGAAGCCGACGAAUGCGGACAACACACUUGGAACGAAUUCAUGCAGACCGUUGUCGACACCGCUCCUCCGGGAACUUGCCCUAUCGUUGCCUUAGUCAGGGUUUGA